AUGUCUCCAUUUUGUGUGGUGUUUGGCAAAGUAUGCCACCGUCCAGUGGAAAUUAAGCAUAAAUCAUAUUGGACAAUGAAGAGUUAUAACUUGACACUUGAGCAGGCUAGAAAAGAAAGGAAGCUUCAACUUCAGGAGCUUGAUGAGAUACGCUUGCAAGCCUAUGAGAACACUAGAAUGUAUAAAGAGAAAGCCAAAAAAUUCCAUGACACAAAAAUUCUAAGGAAGGAGUUCUCUGAAGGACAGAAAGUGUUAUUGUUCAACUCUCGUUUGAAACUGAUUGCAGGUAAGCUUCGAUCUAGAAGGGAUGAACCUUUUGUGAUUACUAAUGUUUUUCCCCAUGGUGCAGUUGAAAUUAAGGAUAAAGCUACCAACAGAGUUUUCAAAGUUAAUGGUCAGCAGCUAAAACUAUUCGAGGAAAGCAAACCUAUAAAGAAGGCUCAAAACAUAGUUGACGUAUCCUUAGUGGAGCCUAUUCUGAUGGAGGAAGUCUACAUAGGCACUUGA